AUGUUCGGGUACAACUCUGACGGACCGACCCCGAGGUUCUCUACCCCUUCUUCUGAUUACGGGUAUAAUCACCACUAUGCUUCUGAUUCGAACGUGAACGUCAACGCCAAUGGCCACGGUCACGGUCAUGGUCACGGUCAUGGUCAUGGGAAUUAUACUCAUACUCCCACCACCUCCCAUCACACCCAACACGAUCACAGACAAAAGAUCUGCGCACCCUCCCCCUCAGACCUGGACGAUGCGGAAGAUGGCGGGAGCCUCACUAGACAACUCGCAGAGACCGCCACGGGCGUCCGGGAGAUGUCGAAGCAGCUGGGGAGGACGAAGGUGAAGAGUAACAUCCAGAGCGUGCUUAUUGUGACCAAGGCACGGGAUAAUAGGUUGAUCAGGUUGACCAGGGAAGUGGCUGUUUAUCUGAUGAAGAUGAAAAGUAGGGGAGGUGGAGGUGGAGGUGGAGGUGGGGAGAGGGGGAUGAUCGUCUACGUCGACGCUCAACUCCGCACCUCGAAACGUUUCGACGCCUCCGGUCUGAAAGAAUCCAACCCCGAAUUCUUCAAACCGCUUUAUCGGCGCCGAUCGUCCUCGACGGCCUCGAUGAGUACGUUGUCGGGGUUCGUAUCCGAUGCCAGUGUGGGUGGGUACGCGAGCAGGUCGUCUAGAGGGCGAGCGGGGGAGGACGGACAGUUGAGGUAUUGGACGAGCGAGAUGUGUUCGAGUCAGCCGCAUCUGUUUGAUAUGGUCGUCACCCUCGGUGGGGACGGCACGGUCCUCUUCACCUCGUGGCUCUUUCAACGGAUCGUACCCCCCGUCCUCCCCUUUGCACUCGGAUCGCUCGGUUUCCUCACAAACUUUGAUUUCGCCGACUAUGCCAAGACGCUGGACAAGGCCGUGGAUGAUGGGAUCAGGGUCAACCUCCGUAUGCGGUUCACGUGUACCGUCUACCGGGCCGUCACGCCCGAACAGGCUGCGGCGGCCACUUGCAAGAAACGCAAGGCGAUCAAGUCGAGAGGAGGGGACAUCCUGCUCAACCAGGUCGAUGCGGAAGGGUGGGAAGCCUUGGAGGGGACGCGACACGAGGACGAUGACAAGAAGACCAAGGCGAAGAGGAAAAAGGACAAGGAGAUCAUGUGCUUUUCGACCAGGCCCGUGGAGACGUUCGAGGUCUUGAACGAUCUCGUGGUCGAUCGAGGUCCGAGUCCGUAUGUCAGUUUGCUCGAGUUGUUCGGCGACGAUCAUCACUUGACAACGGUCCAGGCGGACGGGCUGUGUGUAGCCACACCGACGGGAUCCACCGCCUACUCGUUGUCAGCCGGAGGUUCGCUCGUCCACCCGGGAAUCCCCGCCUUGUUGAUCUCACCCAUCUGCCCGCACACGUUGUCCUUCCGACCGAUGCUCUUGCCAGACGGGAUGGAAUUGCGAGUCUGUGUGCCUUACAAUUCGAGGAGUACUGCCUGGGCCAGUUUCGACGGACGUGGGCGGGUCGAACUGAAGCAGGGCGACCACAUCAAGAUCGCCGCGAGCAAGUACCCGUUCCCGACCAUCUGUCGGGACAAGCAAUCGACCGACUGGUUCAACUCGAUCUCACGUACGCUUCGAUGGAACGAACGUGAGAAACAAAAGUCGUUUGUCGUCGUCGAGGAAGACCGGGCCAAGCCGGACAAGGUGUCUGAUCAGAUGGAACAGAUGCGCGGUCAGGCGGACAAGGGCAAGGACGAAGACGAAGACGACGAGGAUGAGAGUGGAGACGAGGAGGAUGACGACGAGGAAGAAGAGGAAGGGUUUGAUAUCGACGAGUGA